AGGAGUUUGAUCGUGACGUUGCAGAGGACUUGGGGCUCCUGCAGUUCGUGAGGCUGCGCAAACACCACUGGCUGGUGGACGACGCAUGGUUCUGCGACCGCAUCACGGUGCAGGGCCCUGGAGCCUGCGCGGAGGCGGCCUUCCCGUGCUACCGCUGGGUGCAGGGCGAGGACAUCCUGAGCCUGCCCGAGGGCACCGCCCGCCUGCCAGGAGACAAUGCCUUGGAUGUGUUCCAGAAGCAUCGAGAGAAGGAACUGAAAGACAGACAGCAGAUCUACUGCUGGGCCACCUGGAAGGAAGGGUUACCCCUGACCAUCGCUGCAGAGCGUAAGGAUGAUCUACCUCCAAAUAUGAGAUUCCAUGAGGAGAAGAGGCUGGACUUUGAAUGGACACUGAAGGCAGGGGCUCUGGAGAUGGCCCUCAAACGUGUUUACACCCUCCUGAGCUCCUGGAACUGCCUAGAAGACUUUGAUCAGAUCUUCUGGGGCCAGAAGAGUGCCCUGGCUGAGAAGGUUCACCAGUGCUGGCAGGAUGAUGAGCUGUUCGGCUACCAGUUCGUCAAUGGUGCCAACCCCAUGCUGUUGAGACGCUCAACCUCUCUGCCCUCCAGGCUAGCGCUGCCCUCGGGGAUGGAAGAGCUUCGGUCUCAACUGGAGAAAGAACUUCAGAAUGGUUCCCUGUUUGAAGCUGACUUCAUCCUUCUGGAUGGAAUUCCAGCCAACGUGAUCCGAGGAGAGAAGCAGUACCUGGCUGCCCCCCUCGUCAUGCUGAAGAUGGAGCCUAACGGGAAACUGCUGCCCAUGGUCAUCCAGAUUCAGCCUCCCAACCCCAGCUCUCCAACCCCAACACUGUUCCUGCCCUCGGACCCCCCACUUGCCUGGCUCCUGGCAAAGUCCUGGGUCCGAAAUUCAGAUUUCCAACUGCACCAGCUCCAGUACCACCUGCUGAACACACAUCUGGUGGCUGAGGUCAUCGCUGUCGCCACCAUGCGGUGCCUCCCAGGACUGCACCCCAUCUUCAAGCUCCUGAUCCCCCAUAUCCGCUACACCAUGGAAAUCAACACCCGGGCCCGGACCCAACUCAUCUCAGAUGGAGGAAUUUUUGAUAAGGCAGUGAGCACAGGUGGAGGGGGCCAUGUCCAGUUGCUUCGUCGGGCGACGGCUCAGCUGACCUACUGCUCCCUCUGUCCUCCUGACGACCUGGCUGACCGGGGCCUGCUGGGACUCCCAGGUGCUCUCUACGCCCGUGAUGCUUUACGGCUCUGGGAGAUCAUUGCCAGGUAUGUGGAGGGGAUCGUCCACCUCUUCUACCAAAGGGAUGACGUAGUGAGGGGGGACCCUGAGCUGCAGGCCUGGUGUCGGGAGAUCACGGAGGUGGGGCUGUGCCAGGCCCAGGACCGAGGUUUCCCUGUCUCCUUCCAGUCCCAGAGUCAACUCUGCCAUUUCCUCACCAUGUGCGUCUUCACGUGCACUGCCCAGCAUGCCGCCAUCAACCAGGGCCAGCUGGACUGGUAUGCCUGGGUCCCUAAUGCCCCAUGCACAAUGCGGAUGCCUCCACCCACCACCAAGGAAGAUGUGACAAUGGCCACAGUGAUGGGAUCACUACCUGAUGUCCAGCAGGCCUGUCUUCAAAUGGCCAUCUCAUGGCAUCUGGGUCGCCGCCAGCCGGACAUGGUGCCUCUGGGGCAUCACAAAGAAAAAUAUUUCUCAGGCCCCAAGCCCAAAGCUGUGCUAAGCCAAUUCCAAACAGAUUUGGAAAACCUGGAAAAGGAGAUUACAGCCCGGAAUGAGCAACUUGACUGGCCCUAUGAAUACCUGAAGCCCAGCUGCAUAGAGAACAGUGUCACCAUCUGAGCCCUAGAGUGACUCCACCUGCAAGAUUUCACAUCAGUUUUAGGACUGACAUUUCUAUCUUGAAUUUCAUGCUUUACUAAAGUCUCUGCUGCUAAGGCUCUAUUUCCUCCCCCAGUGAAACUCCCUACAUUAGUAUCCCACUAGCCCAGGGGAGCAGUAAACCUUCCCUGCAAAGACUAGAUCCUUUUAUACGCUUUGCAGGCCCCAUAGUCACUGUCUGAACUACUCAGCUCUCCUGCUACAGCAUGAAGGCAGCCACAGACAACAUGGAAAUGAGUGUGACUAUGUUCCAAUAAAACUUUAUGGACACAGA